UGGCUGAAGCAGGAGGAGCAGCUCAGGGAGAAGGUCAGCGCCAACCCGAAGCUUUCGAAGGCCAAGCAGGUUUCCAGGAAAGCUUCGACAGUCGACGCCGGACAAGCCCGUGUGGACUACACCAACGAGCAGCGCAAGUAGCACCGCGGUUGUGGUAAUCGGGAGGUGAUGAACAAGCUGCUCGAGCUGAAGCCUGACGCCCUUGGCGGGAUGCCGGCGAACGCGAAACCGGAGGAGGCGCUGGCUUUCAAGGUCAAAUUCAACUCCUGGUACCAACGGUUCCGCAAGCGGAAUGGGUUCAGCAUCCGCCGGCGUACCAGCGUGGGCCAGAAACUGCCGAAGGGGGACGAGGGUAUGGCGUGGGCGACGGUGAUGAAGCUGCGCGAGGCUCUCGUAAAGCGCGCCGGUGAGAUCUACGCUCGGCGCCACCCGCCGGCACCUGACGAGAGCCCCAUCAAAGGGGAGGAUCUGACUUCCGAGCAGCUGGCGUCUGUGGAGGCGGAGGUUUUCGAGGAACUCGGCAACAUGGACCAGACGACAAUCCAGCACGUGAUGCCGGUGGAGACCACUCUAUAGAAGACCGGUGCGAAGGAUGAUC